AUGUAUAAUGAACUCUCUCUUUCUCUGCACGUAUAUAUCCGUCUUGCAACCAAAUCGACCGACGAUCCAAGUUGUGCCUGCAACCAAAUGCCGACUUCUUCAACCGACGAUCCAAGUUGCGCCGCCACCGUGAAAAUCGCCGAGGAUCUAUUUCUAUGUUUAUUUGUUGUUGUAAGUUUGGCAAAUGAUGUUCCUUGCAUACCGUCUUCAUCUGGAACCCUGGAGAAGGAGGGUUUUAGAAAAACAGAGGUGAUUGUUUCAGAAACAGGGUGGGCUUCUAAAGGUGAUGCGAAUGAAGUUGGGAAUGCUAGGAUUUAUAAUAAAAAUCUACGAAAGAGAUUGUUGAAGAAGAAGGGCACUCCUUAUAACCCGAAGAGAACUGUGAAGGGAUAUGUUUUCGCAUUGUUUAAUGAGAAUCUGAAACCGGGUCCUACUUCUGAGAGGAAUUUCGGAUUGUUUAAGGCUGAUGGAAGUACUGCUUAUGAUAUUGGGUUUAGGGGUCUUGUACCCUCUUCGGGUUCAUCAUUUAAGAUUAAGAAUUUCAGGUUUGGCGGUUGGACAAACAUGGCGCCAUGGGCUAUGGCCACUCUGUUUCUCAUUCAUUUCAGUUAGAUGUAUUAUAAUUUUUAUUUGUUCAUUUUUAAUAAAGCUCUCAAACUCAUUCAUGAACAGAGAAUCCUCUAAUUUGUCUUUUUUUUCAUACACAAAAUGUUAAAAUAUGUCAUUCUAGUUCAAAAUUUGACAAUAUGUCUCAAAUUAUUCAGAAGCUAGUCAGGAAGCUAAUGGUUGAGUUGACAAAUUUGUUCAACAUAAUAUAUCAUGGUGAUCCAAAUUAUUUGGUUUUGUAUUUUAGGAGACAAUAUGACGCUAAUAGUUCUUGGGCCUUUUAAGUUAUAUAUGGUGUUGUUAUAUUUUCAGCUUUAUGACAAGUAUCAAGAGUUUGUUACUGAGUCGGAACGAGAAGGGUUCGCUAUCAAACUACAAGAAGUAGAGGAUUGGUUGUAUGAAGAUGGGGAGGAUGAGACUAAAUGAGUAUACGUUGAUAAACUUGAUGAACUCAAGAAGCAAGGUGAUCCUAUUGAAGAGCGCCACAAGGAACAUACAGAGAGGGGUUCAGUGAUAGACCAGCUUGUGUAUUGCAUCAAUAGCUACAGAGAGGCUGCAAUGUCAACUGAUCCCAAGUUGAUCAUAUUGAAUUAUCGAAGAAGGAAAA